ACUCUGAGAUGGUUCGAUGGAGAUACGGGGACUGGAGUUGACAAUUGGAGUUGGUGUGGAUAGGCGCCACAGAAGGACCGAUUGAAGAGCUGUGAGAUGCGGGUGGUGGGGGAGUAUGAGCCAGUCUAGGAUAGGAAAUAUCGCGAGGGUAGCUUCGCUGUCUGCCCAGGUUCUCGGAUUUUCACCAAGUGGUUGGGGAGUGUAUAAGUACCCGACGAUCUUUCUCCUCCUUGACUUUUCACCCUCCUUUUUAUCCUCUUCGGCCCUCUAUCGUUGGCAACUCUGACCAUCAAGUGGGUCUCUCUACCUUAUUCUCAGAACCCUCAGUCAGAACAACCUCGCCCAUCAUGGCGUUCGGCAAAGUACAGGAAGCAAAAGUUUCCCAAUCGGUCGUUGGUCGUACCAACGCCAACAAGAGACAUGGAAUCAUUGGCAUGCUCCAAAAUCCCUACGUCUUCAUGACCUGCCUCUUCGCCUCUCUCGGCUGUAUGAUGUACGGCUACGACCAGGGAGUUAUGGGCUCCAUCCUCGUCAUGCAGAACUUCGAGGCUCAUUUCCCUUCGCUCACUGGCUCUACGAUCCAAGGAUGGUUGGUCUCAGCGUUGGAGUUGGGAGCUUGGGCUGGUGCUUUGUUCUGUGGUUAUUUGGCGGACAAGAUUUCAAGAAAGUACAGCAUGCUUGUCGCAGUCAUUAUCUUUACUAUUGGAACGGGUCUGCAGACCGGUGCCCAGAAUCCAGCUAUGUUGUUUGGUGGCAGAGUGGUUGGAGGUAUUGGUAUUGGAAUGUUCUCUAUGGUCAUUCCCCUCUACCAAGCCGAGAUCGCUCCUCCCGAGCUCCGAGGCUCCCUUGUCUCCCUUCAACAACUGUCCAUCACAAUUGGCACUUGCAUCUCUUUCUGGCUUGACUAUGGCAUGCACUUUGCCGGUGGCUCAGAUUGCAACGCAGCUGGUGUUCCAAACGGAGGUAACCUCCCAGACGGUACUUUCGAUUACAACGCAGCCCAUGGUCACACUUGUCUCGGCGAGGAAGCGAUCUCCUGGCGUAUCCCUCUUGCCCUACAAUUGAUCCCCGCCUGGAUCCUCUUCUUCGGAAUGUUCUUCCUUCCCUUCUCACCCCGUUGGCUCAUGAUGAAGCACCGAGAUGACGACGCCAUCGCCUCCCUCUGCAAACUGCGUCGUCUCUCCUCCGAAUCUCCUCUCCUUCGCGCUGAGUACCUCGAAAUCAAAGCCGCUGUCAUGUUCGAUGAAGAAACAGAGGCGGAAUUGAAUAACACCACCAAGUUUGGCGUAUGGAAAGCUCUUUUCACACCAAAUAUGUUCAGGCGUCUCAAUAUCGGUGUCUGGAUCAUGAUCUUCCAGCAGUUUACUGGCAUCAACGCAGUGCUCUACUACGCCCCCCAAAUCUUCCAGACCUUUGGCUUCACGUCCGUCACUACUGAUCUUCUAGCCACUGGCGUGACCGGCAUCUUCCAAAUCAUCUUCACUCUCCCCGCAGUCCUCUUCCUCGACAACUUCGGAAGAAAGACAUUCCUGAUCACCGGCGCGAUCGGCAUGUGCAUCUGCCACGUCCUCGUCGCCGCCAUCGAUGGCUCCUUCGAGGACUCCUGGCCCACCCACCGAAGCGCCGGAUGGGCCAGCAUCGCCUUCAUCUGGCUGUUCGCCGUCAACUUCGCGUACUCCUGGGGCCCCGUAGCUUGGGUCCUCACGCAAGAGAUCUUCCCGAAUUCGAUGAGAUCGCGUGGCGUCUCGAUCGUGGCGUCUACGAACUGGAUGUUUAAUUUUAUCAUUGGGCUCACGACGAAGCAUAUGUUGGCUAGCAUGAAGUACGGGACGUAUAUCUUUUUUGCGGCGUUCUGUGCGAUGGGUGGGUUGUUUGUGUGGAUUGCGGUGCCGGAAACGAAGAAUAAGACGUUGGAGGAGUUGGAUGUUUUCUUUGGGGGUGAUGCGGAUGCGAUUGCGGUGAAGGAUCGCGAGAGGAUGAGGGCUAUUGAGCAGAGGCUGGGGUUGGCUGGCUUGGAAAAUGUGGAGGAUUUGCAGGUCGAUGAGAAGGCUGCGGAGCAUAAGGAAGUUGCUGUUUAGGUGGAUGUGAUGGGACACUGAAGCUGGAGAAUGUAGGGGCUGAGGAUAUUCAAUUUACGCAUCCAAAAUGAAUAUAAUCAUGUCAAUAACUCAAAGGCUUC